AUGUAUCUUUGUUCCCCGUACGUCACCUCUAUUCCCGAACUGCUCCAGUAUGGGCUGCGACUCACAGCAAUGCCUCUUCACGAUGCUACCAGGGAUCUCAUUCUUCUCAAUCAGCAACGUUUGAGCGAUGUCGAAAUGAACCUCCAGCUAGAAGCCAACAACGAACAGCUUGAAUCCAUGGCUAAGGAUCUAGAAGUUGAAAAGGGCAAAACUGAUGCACUUCUCAGUGAAAUGUUGCCAGCUACUGUAGCUCAUCAGCUGAAAGCUGGACAAACUGUCGAAGCCCGUGAGUACGAAUCAGCCACCAUAAUGUUCUCGGAUGUUCCAUCGUUCCAGCAAAUCGUACCGCUUUGUCAACCAAAAGAUGUUGUUUAUCUUCUCAACAAUUUAUUCACUCGCUUUGACCGUCUAGUAGUUCUGCAAAAGCAGCUUCUCAACCAACAGUUUCAGGCUUACAAGGUGGAGACAGUGGGGGAUAGCUAUAUGUCCGUUGGAGGUAUUCCUGACUUGGUAGAUGAUCACUGCGAGAUUAUUUGCCACUUGGCGCUUGGUAAGCAGUAA